AUGGCGACAGGCGUUUUCCUACGAAUUGGACUCGUUGUUGGCUCAAUUAUUGCAAUGCCAGAGAUAUUGGGUACAGAAAGUUUAUGGUGGGUCAUCUAUGGACUGGAAUUUUUGCUGACAGUAUUCGUAACGAUAGGCCUUUUCUUCGUUCCAGAGAGUCCCACAUGGCUUUUGACAAAGGAUCUAGAACUUGCUGCACAGAAGUCAAUCGUUUUCUAUCAUGGCGUAGGCCCAGUCAAAACUGCGCAGCUGAUCUCAGACUUGAAGAAAGGUAUCGCAGGAGAGAAACCCCUUGGGUUGUUUGCGAUAUUCAAGGUGGGUCGUAGAGAGAAGAUGAUCUUUUUAUGGCUUUCGUGA